AUGAGCACAUACGAUACUCCAUCCCGCAAGCACAGCGGAUAUCCGCAAAGAACGAACGGAGCUAGAUACAAGCACCUGGGAUCUACUCAUGGUCGUCUAGAUCAAUUCAUCGGAGGGCAUUAUGCAGAUUACAAUCUCUCUUCCCUCCUCUUUGCCCAUCGCCUUGACGACUCCAAACACGUGAAGCUAGAAGUAUGGUCCGCGCCCAACCGAUCCAAGCCGUCUUUCGAAGAGGCCAAGCGCCAGAAUUAUCGGAUCGCCCAUAAAGGUGAAGAAUUUGGUCCAUCAUGGUCCAAUCAUUGGUUCCGCAUUACUCUACACAUCCCUUCGGAGUGGGAAGCAUACGAGAGGGUUCAACUUGAAUUCGAUUGUUCGGGUGAAGCCAUGGUCUACACGGUCGAAGGAGAUCCGAUCCAUGGAUUGACAGGUGGAUUUGGUGGUGAUCGACGAGUUGAAUUCAUCAUCCCUCCCGAAAACAGGGAUGCGGGGGUAGGGCAUCUCUAUAUCGAAGCGAGCUGUAAUGGGAUGUUCGGUAUUAACGAUAUGGAUCCACCUGAUCCCAACCGAUAUUACAAACUGAAUUCGGCUGACCUCGUCGUACCGAAUAUGGAAGCUUGGAGGUUGAUGUGGGAUUUCAAUGCCAUUCAUCAAGUCUAUAAUACCCUACCUGACGAUUCACCCUUGUCCAAACACUCUUUAUACGUCGCCAACGAGAUCAUGAAUGUCUUCAAGAGAGGUAGUCUGGAGAGUGUAGGGAAAUGUAGGAGGUUGGCAGAAGAGAUCUUAGGGAAAGGAUGGGAGAAGCAAGUCGGAAAGGAUAGUGAGGAUGCUGAUAAGCAGAAAGGGACGUUGUGGGGUGUUGGUCAUUGUCACAUUGACACCGCUUGGCUAUGGCCCUUCUCGGUUACCCAACAAAAGUCCGCGCGAUCUUGGUCAACCCAAUGCGACUUGAUCGAUCGAUAUCCCGAACAUCGAUUCUCCGCGACCCAAGCUCAACAAUUCAAAUGGACCGAAGAGCUAUAUCCCACUUUAUUUGCAAGGAUCAAGAGCAAAGUAUCAAAAGGAUCGUUCCAACCGCUAGGUGCAACUUGGGUAGAAAUGGACACGAACAUGCCCUCUGGCGAGGCUCUGGUCAGGCAGUUCUUGUACGGUCAGAGAUACUAUGAAAGCAGAUUUGGUUUCAGGGCGAAGACUUUCGUUCUACCCGAUACUUUCGGUUAUUCUAGUCAAUUGCCUCAGAUCUCUCGACAAGCAGGUGCACCUAAUUUCUUCACGCAGAAACUAUCCUGGAACUCGAUCAACAACUUCCCACAUACUACCUUCAAUUGGGUCGGUUUAGAUGGAUCACAAGUGCUUACCCAUAUGACUCCGGUGGAUAAUUAUAACAGUCAAUGCGAUAUCGGAGACAUCAGGAGAGGUAUGGCAGGACACAAGAACCUGGAUGUUAGCUCUCAAUCGCUCUUGCUCUUUGGUAAUGGGGAUGGAGGUGGUGGACCUACUCCACCGAUGCUCGAGAAGCUUCGACGAGCAAGAGCCAUUGGUAAACGGUCCGAUGCCGGUGGUCAACUACCACUCGUAAAGAUGGGAGGAAGUUUCGACGAAUUCUAUGAUUCGGUCAGGAGAGAGACUGAGAACGGCACGAGAUUGCCUUACUGGAGAGGAGAAUUGUACUUCGAACUUCACAGAGGGACAUACACUUCACACGCAUCGAUCAAGAAAGGCAAUAGGAAGAGUGAGAUCCUCAUGCGAGAAGCUGAGUAUGCAGCUACGAUCGCUAGUCUGAUCGAUCCGGAUUAUGAUUACCCAAAAAAGCGACUCGAUGCUGCAUGGGAAGAUCUAUUAUUAUGUCAAUUCCAUGAUGUUUUGCCUGGAAGUGGUAUCGCUAUGAUCUAUGAAGACGCCGAGAAGAAAUACGCUUCGAUCCAAUCGUCUAUCCAUGCCGUGAUCAAUGAAGCUUACUCGAUAAUCUAUCAUUCGUCUUUCCCGAUCUCAGCCGAAGAACCAACUAAGAUCGCUGGACCGAUUUUCGCUGUCAACAACAUACCUGACUAUCCGCGACAGGAAGUCAUGAGUGCUCCUAUCAGCGCCCAUACGCAGAUCGAAUCGAAAUCAGCUCAACUUAGUAAAGAUGGUCAGACAAGUUACCUGUUGGUUGCUACCAAAAACGACGAGAAUAGUCAUGGGGAUUUGAUGAUGGCCAACCCUAGAGGACUGUACGCCAAUCCUAGAGUCCAAGUCACUAAGAAGGAUGAUCUCUUCAUCAUGGCCAAUAGUGUAUUGUCAAUGAAGAUUGAGAAUGGGAGAAUCACCAGUAUCUAUGAUAAAGCCUUGGAUAAGGAGCUUGUACCCCAUGGUCAGACUGGUGGUUUGGUGAUUAUGGAAGAUCAUCCAAAUUACUGGGAGGACGUUGACGAAUUUCAUCUUGAGAAACAAACUCAUCUCAAAUUCGAGUCCGUGCAUAUCAAAGAAGAAGGACCGCUGCGAGCAAUUGUUGGAGCUAGUCUGCAAAUUGGUCAAAGUCGUAUUGAAGUCAACAUCUCAAUGGACGCCAUUCCUGCCUCUCUCAGAGCUGAUGCAAGAAGUAUGAUCCGAUUUGAUGCUGUCAUCGACUGGCGAGAGAAACAUCAAUUCUUGAAGUUCGAACUUCCACUUGACAUCUACUCUGACUUCGCUACUUACGAUACUCAAUUCGGAACGGUUGCGAGGCCUACCCAUAGAAAUACAAGUUGGGAUGCUGCCAAGUUCGAAGUUUGUGGACAUAAAUUCGCUGAUCUAUCCGAGUAUGGGUAUGGUGUAGCCAUUCUGAAUGACUGCAAGUACGGAUAUGCUACCCAAGGUAACAUCAUGCGACUAUCUUUACUACGAGCUCCUACUCUACCAGAUGCGGACUGCGAUAUGGGCACUCAUUCAUUCUCAUUUGCGAUUUACCCUCAUAAAGGUACUUUCGUUGAGAGCGACGUGGCUAAAGUCGCGUAUGCCUUCAACACUCCUAUGAGACUGAGAUACUCGAAAGACCCUAUCGAUAUCGCGCUUGAACCACUGGCUUUACAAUGCCCGUUCAAGCUGCAGAACGCGCCUAACGUGAUGCUCGAAACUAUCAAGCGAGGAGAGGAUGAUGAAUUCUCAUCUCAUAAAACGGACGGAAAGAAGACCAUAGUUUUGAGAUUGUAUGAGCAUUUAGGUGGACAUGCUAGGGCUGUUUUAAAAGUUACCGGUCUCAACGUAGUGAAAGCGGAAGUGGUCAAUAUCUUGGAAGAUCACCUCGAGACUCUCAAGAUCCAUUCGCGCUCGGAGGAGCAUAUUUUGACGUCUACAGAAGAGGCCGACGAGGAGGAGUCUUGUGGGGACAAGAAGAAGAGACCACCCAAAGACGAUGGAUCUUCAGCGAUCAAAUUAUCCUUCAGAGGAUUUGAGAUCAAGACUGUCAGAUUGACCAUUGAAGAUUCACAUCAUAAGGACAAGGAUGGGAAGAGGGAAAGAAGGGAAUCAGAAUGCAGUUGGGUCAAGAUCUAG